AUGAACCGCCUUCUGCAAGACUUGCUUGGCCAUCUGGAACUCCCGAGAGCCUCUCUGUCUGUCUUUGCUUCUGAAAGAGGUAGGCAGCUGCAGCAGCAGCAGCAGCAACAGCAGCAGCAGCAGCAGCAGCAGCAGCACGAUAAUAUGUCAUUUGCAGGGUCUGUCGCGGGGCUGGUGACCUUUCGAAACGACGACGGCGCGGAGAUCUCGUGCAGUUCCGGCAGCGGCCUGAUGAUAUCCGAAGCCAUGGUGGCAGCAGCAGCAGCAGCAGCAGCAGCUUCUGCUGCUAAGUAUCUUCUUGUGGUUGAAAAAGACAGCAUCUUCCAGGCCCUUUGUGGCCUGCAGCUUUGGAAUCUGCUGCCGUGCGUGCUGAUUACUGGCCGCGGCUUUCCGGACUUUUGCACAAGAGCUUUAUUGGGGCAUUUGUCUCAGUCGCUGCAGCUGGAGGCUGCCUUUGUGGGCGACUGGGACCCCCACGGCAUUUACAUUUACCUGACCUACAAAUACGGGGGCCGCCCCAGCAGCAGCAGCAGCAGCAGCUGCUGCUGCUGCAGCAGCCUGCGGUGGCUGGGGCUGCUGCACGCAGACGCUGCUGCUGUGCCCGCGAGCGCUUUGCUGCCGCUGGAGAAAAGAGAUAAGGCGCUGCUAGCCAGUUUGCUGCAGCACCCCGGAGUAGCAGCAAAUGAAAAAAUAAAAAAUGAAUGCAAAUUAAUGAAAGAGAAAAACUGCAAGUGCGAAGUCGAGGCGCUGGAGUGUAUAGACAGCUCGGAGCUGCAGCGAGUCAUCACCACCCGCGCCCUCAGGAGGCUUUGGCUGGAGUGA